GCGGCAAUCGUGUUCGGCAAGUGACAUCAACGAAAAGGAUGUGGGUGUAGAAUUGAUAGAGACGGUGAAACUGAGCGAAAGCAUUGUCUCAAAAUGGGAGCAAUCGGAAACAGCUCAAAACAGCAAAGCUACCAGGAGAUCGCACGCUAAAUCUACGCAUUCCGGUGUAAGUCGUAGAUCGCAAAGCCGCCUUAUACAAACUAGCACUGCGGUAUCCGGCCGAAAAGAGGCAGAGGAAAACCACAAACCAGUGAAAAAGAAAAUAGCAAUAAAGCCGCGGAUGAUUGCGUGCACACAGUGUGGGAAGAUGAUAGUGCGCAGUAACAUAAGCAAGCACCUGGCCACGCACAAUCCGGACCGUCCCAAGAAGAGCUGUUCGCACUGUAAAAAGACUUUCAAAGAUUCGCAACUCCUAAACGUACACAUUAACAGUCAUCACACUUUCGAAAGAAAGUACGAAUGCGAUGUGUGCGGAGUCGCCUACCUUAGGCCGAACUCUCUGCGAGAGCACAAGCUUUCAAGACAUUCCGUGGAGGCACGGUACGAGUGCAAGGAUUGUGGCAUGAAGUUUUCCAACUUUUCCAAAAAAAGACAUCAUUACAUUGCGGAGCACACGACUGCAAGACCUUUCGCUUGCCAGUACUGUGACAAGACUUACAAGUUUAAGUGUGAUCUAACUGUCCACACUAGGACCCAUACCGGCGAAAAACCCUUCUCGUGUGACAUCUGUAAAAAGACAUUCAGUAAAAGCUAUAACGUUGUUAUACAUAAGAAAUCCCAUCACAGUUAGGUGGUUUGUUGAUGUAGGAUCAGUGGCACGUAUCUUAUU